AUGGGCUUUGCUAUUAAGAAGCCGGCCGAUGCCACUGGCUCGGCCAUGCCGGCUAUUGUUAUCGGCUUGUUCGUUGCUUUUGGUGGUGUUCUCUUUGGAUACGACACCGGUACCAUCAGCGGUAUUCUCGCUAUGAAAUACUGGAGAAGUCUUUUCUCAACAGGCUACGUCAACCCCACAGAUCACUUCGCCGAUGUCACAUCCUCCCAAUCAUCCAUGAUCGUCUCCCUGCUCUCCGCAGGAACCUUCUUCGGGGCCCUCGGUGCCGCCCCCAUCGCAGACAAAUUCGGCCGUCGUCUCGGUAUGAUCAUAGAAAGCUUCGUCUUUGUCUUUGGCUCCGAGACGGCACCCAAAUGGAUCCGUGGUACUAUUGUCGGUGCUUACCAGCUUGCUAUCACAUUCGGUCUUCUUUUGGCUGCUAUUGUCAACAAUGCUACCAAGGACCGUAUGGAUACUGGCUGCUACCGUAUCCCUGUUGCGGUCCAGUUCGCUUGGGCUAUCAUCCUGGUGACGGGUAUGAUCAUGCUGCCUGAGACUCCUCGCUUCCUGAUCAAGCAGGAUAGACAUGAAGAAGCGCUCAAGUCUCUUGCUCGUCUUCGCCGCAUGGACAUCAAUGACGCUACUGUUGUCGCCGAACUGUCUGAGAUCCAAGCCAAUCACGAAUUCGAAAUGCGUCUCGGUAACGCAUCCUACAUCGAGAUCUUCAAGGGAUCUAUUGGAAAGCGUCUCGCCACCGGUUGUGCGGUCCAGGCUCUCCAGCAGCUCACCGGCGUCAACUUCAUCUUCUACUACGGCACCACAUUCUUCCAGAACUCUGGCAUACAAAACUCCUUCGUGAUCACCCUGAUCACCAACAUCAUCAACGUGGUGUCUACCUUCCCAGGCCUCUACAUGGUUGAGAAAUGGGGUCGCCGCCCCCUCCUCCUCUUCGGUGCAAUCGGCAUGUGCGUCUCUCAACUCAUCGUCGCCAUCGUCGGCACAGCCGCAAGCUCAGCAGUUGCCAACAACGUCCUCAUCGCCUUUGUCUGCGUCUACAUUUUCUUCUUCGCAUGUUCCUGGGGCCCCGUCGCCUGGGUCGUUACAGGCGAACUAUUCCCUCUCAAGGCUCGCGCGAAGUGUCUCUCUAUCACUACUGCUACAAACUGGCUGCUCAACUGGGCUAUUGCCUACGCUACUCCCUACAUGGUGAAUAGUGGUCCCGGAAACGCGAACCUCCAGUCUAAGGUGUUCUUUAUCUGGGGCGGAUUCUGCUUCAUCUGCGCAAUCUUCGUGUACACUUGUAUUUAUGAGACCAAGGGGCUGUCCCUUGAGCAGGUGGAUGAGCUUUAUGCUAAGGUUCCCGUUGCCUGGAAGUCUGUUGGCUUUGUGCCGAGUGUGCAUUAUACGGAUGUUAGGGAUGUUGCGGGAGAUAUCAAGGCUGGUACGCUGACUCAGUUGGAGAGCGAGGCUAAUGAGAAGAGGAGCGGGGAGCAUGCUACUCAUCAUGAGAGCAUUGCUACUAAGAUGGAAGUUUGA